UAUAAACCCAGAGACAACAUCAUUCAGUUUCAGUAGACACCAGCCGACCACAGCCAACACAGACUCAAGAUGCCUUUCAAGCCACACUACCUGUUGGUCUCCCUGACUUUCUGCUGGUUCGUGGCUCUUCAAGCAUUCCCCAUGAACGGCUGUGCUGCAUGUCAGAAGUGUCUCUGCAUCCGGACGUCCUCUGCUUUCAUCUCUCCUAGGCUGUUCCACAGGAUAGAGAUCCUACCUCCAGGUGCCCACUGUCGUCAAACAGAGAUCAUCGUUACCAAGAAGGACAAAGCCACCGUCUGUGUGACUCCAGAUGCACGAUGGAUCAACAAAGUAAUUGCCAAGUUACAAAGAACCAACAAGAAGAAGAGAAGUGCAGAACUUCCCAUCUCAACCACCAUUGAGUGAAUUGGAACAGGAAUGGAUCAAGUUGGAGCUAAAUGGAAAUCUGAUACCAAUGGAAUACCAAUGUGAUACCAAUGUGAUGCCAAUGUGAUGCCAAUGUGAUACCAAUGUGAUGCCAAUGUGAUACCAAUGUGAUGCCAAUGUGAUACCAAUGUGAUGCCAAUGUGAUGCCAAUGUGAUGCCAAUGUGAUGCCAAUGGAUUCUGUUCAAAUAUGAUUCCAAUAUCAAGUUAAUUAGUUUAUCUUAAAUGAUCUCAGUAUGUAUUGUUAGGUUGUUAUGUUUCAGAGUAAAUAACCGACGGACACUAGAGAAGCUUUAACCAAGUUUAAUUCUUCUCAGAGGUUCUGUACAGCUGUAAUUCAGACAACCCAACAUUUGUCCCAUCCAGAUAUUUAUAUCCCAAUUAAGACACUCCUCCUCUUCAAUCCUUUAAUUUUAAUGGUCUGACUGCCAUUAGGUACCGAGAUGAGAUCCUCAGACCCCUUGUGAGGCCAUAUGCUGACACAUGCACAUUUGUGGCCUGCUGGAGGUCAUUUUGCAGGGCUCUGGCAGUGCACCUCCUUGCACAAAGGCGGAGGUAGCGGUCCUGCUGCUGGGUUGUUGCCCUCCUACGGCCUCCUCCACGUCUCCUGAUGUACUGGCCUGUCUCCUGGUAGCGCCUCCAUGCUCUGGACACUCCGCUGACAGACACAGCAAACCUUUUUGCCACAGCUCGCAUUGAUGUGCCAUCCUGGAUGAACUGCACUACCUGAGCCACUUGUGUGGGUUGUAGACUCCGUCUCAUGCUACCACUAGAGUGAAAGCACCGCCAGCAUUCAAAAGUGACCAAAACAUCAGCCAGGAAGCAUAGGAACUGAGAAGUGGUCUGUGGUCACCACCUGCAGAACCAUUCCUUUAUUGGGGGUGUCUUGCUAAUUGACUAUAAUUUCCACCUUUUGUCUAUUCCACUUGCACAACAGCAUGUGAAAUUUAUUGUCAAUCAGUGUUGCUUCCUAAAUGAACAGUUUGAUUUCAGAGAAGUGUGAUUGACUUGGAGUUACAUUGUGUUGUUUAAGUAAUCCCUUUAUUUUUUUGAGCAGUGUACAUCAUUCCCUCUGGAACAAUGACCACCCUCAUGUUCCACGAAACCUGAAAACAUAUUGACUUGAAAAGAAAAGAGAAACAAAGUACAUGUUUAAUAACUUAGCACCACUCAUUGAUGAGAUCUACCAUAAAAACUAUGAAUACAGGGUCAAAUAGAAAAACUUUCAUGGUUGUCCCAAGCCAUCAUCCAGUGAUUCCCCCAAACAAACUACCUCCCCUCACGAUGACACUGAGAGAAAAGUGUCUGGAGACUCUCUGGGCCCCACCCCUCAUCGUGCUUCAUCAAUUCUCUCUCGCUGUAUCCCAAUCACAACUAAAACAUUUGAUAAAUUUUCCAACCCGAAUGUAGAAUGACUGAACUCAAUGCUAACUCUGAGA